CUGUGCCGCCACCGGACCCCGCCUGGAUGCAGCCCACCAUCCGCGGACCGAGGCCGGUACCACCCCAACCCCUCCCUGUCCCCACUGCCACCUACCUGGUGCCCCAGGCCUCUGUCUGGCCUGGGGUGCCAGGCAUCCAGGGGCAGGUAGUGCAGCUCCCGCCUGGGGGGCUGCUCCUACCUAGGGCUCAGCUGUUACCAGUGGUGCAGCUCCCACCUGGGGGGCUGCACCAAGCUGUGGCUCCUCCCUGUGUCCCUGUCCACCGCUGGGCACAUCCCCUGGUGGCAGGGACGCCGCUGCCCCAGCAGCCGAUGGGGCUGGGGCCUGGGGCCGUGUUCCAUGCACAGCCCCGGCAGCCCGCAGGCACCUGCCUGCUGCAGGCCCCCGGCCGCCCCGGCCCCCCGCCAGUUCUUUUUCAGGUGCCUCCACGCCACGGACAGGUCUACCCCAUGCCCUGCAACUUGCCCGGCAGCUGGGAGCUGCCUAUGGAGCCCUUUGCAGACGUCGUGGAGCUCACGGAGGACCAGGGGAACCCGACGCCCACCACCACGUGCCUCCAUAUUGAUACAUCUCCGCCCACCCGCAGUGCCACCACUUUGGAACCUGGCGCAGUGAUGACCAGCUCAGAUGUGCCGGAUGACGUCACGGACAUUCAGGGGCUGCUUUCUUGGGCCAACGAUGUGGCCAGUGCUGCUGAGGUCUCCCACGAGAACCCCAGCAGCCCAGGCUCCCCUCCCUUCAUCGCUGAGCUCCCUGACAACCCCAGGGAAAGCAAAGAGCUCAGCACGGAGCCACAGGCUGCCACUGGGAUCCCCACCGACCCCUUCUGGGGACUUCCACCAUCCCCUGGGCUCCUGCCUGAGAUGCAGCGUGGGUUGUCGCUGCUGCCCCCCGUCGUGCCACCAGCAAGUCGCCAGCUCAGUCCACGGCUGACUCCCCUGGUUGCCACCACGCCUCCCCCACCCCGUACCGCACAGCCCAUUGAGGAGGUGCAGCAAAGGCAGCCCCCGGUGGUUCAGAUCCGCUCGCCACUGUCACCGGGCUCUGUCCCCUGCCGGGUGGCGGACAAGAAGCACAGGGACAGCACCAAGCAGGCCAAGCGCCCUGCGCCUGCCGGCAUCCCCAAGAAACAGGACACCUCCAGGCAAGAGCAGUCCAUCAGCAGUGCCCCAGCCAAGAAGGGGAAGCUGCCGCCACGCAAGGAGAGAAAAGGCCGCAAACACCCACACCAAGUGAAGCCGGCUGGGGCCCGAACAGGAGCCAGCAGCAGCAGCGGGCAAGCAGGCACUGCCAGCGAGCUGCGCAGACACUUGCUGGAAUCCAUCCAGGCCGUGCACCCGCUGGGGCAGAGGGUGACUGCGGUGGGGCCGGUGCACCAGCCACCCUCUGUGCAGCCCCAACCCACAGCCAGCGCUGUGCCUGCUGGCCCCCAGCCCCAACGCGGCAGCACGGACAAGGCAGUGCCGGCACCACCAGGCACCACGGUGCAAGUGGAGGACACUGCCAAGAAGACGGCGCCAAGCUGCCUGCGCCCGUCCCCACGGAGGAGCUCACCGCUGCGGAGGGACCCACCAUCACAGCAGCACAGGCAGCAGCCUCGGCCACGGCGCUCCGUGGACUUUGUGCCCUGUGUGGGGCCCCGAGCGGGUGGCCGUGCGGCACACACAGCACUGGAGGAGUCGCUGCCCAUCACACCCGAGCAGCGGCCCGAGCGGGAGCGCAUGAAGAAGCUGGCCCAGGAGGAGCGGGAGCGGGCAGCCCACCAGAUGAAGAUCGGCCCCGUGCAGUUCCUGGUGCAGCGGGCGAUAGACAUGGCCAUAGCCGACAAGUACGGCUAUCCGUAACCCUGCGCUCCUCGCCGGCCCCCGCAGCACCAGGCAGCAGCGGCAGCGUCCCAGGGGCACCACCAGCAGCCCCUUCCCUCCCGUCCAGAACUGAGCAGUCCUCCACACUGGAGUGGGAUGGGACGUUGUUGGACUGUGAACUUGACGACUGAAAACCUUUUGGGAUGAGACUUUUGGGGGGUUUUAUGCCUAUGGAGCCCUUUGGUGACGCUCAUGGAGGUGCUCAUGGAGGACCAGGGGCACCCUGCACCCACCAUCAGACGUCCCCAUACCAGAACAGCUCCACUUGCCUGCACCGUCACGACUCUGGAACCGGACGCAGUGAUGACCAGCUUGGACGUGUUGGAUGGUACUGUGGACACUGAGGGUCUGCUCACCUGGAUCAACGAGGUGGCGGGUGCUGUCGAGGUUCCCCAGGAGAACCAAGACGGUUCCAAAGUCAAAGAGGAAUACCUGAAGAGUGACGUGCCUCAGGACGAGCUGCUGGGGGAACUGGACAGCCAGGAAAGAGAAGAACUCGUUGCAUGGAUCAACGCAGCCACGCAGCCACAAAGCCCCGAUGUCCCCAGCAGCGGGACCCCCACCGACCCAUUCUCUGAGCUGCUGCCCUGCAGGCCUUUGCUGCUGCCUGCUGUCGCACCACCGGAACUGCCCCUGCCGACCCCUCUGGCUGCUCCUGCGCCUCCUUC